GUCGCUCACUCGAUUAGCCGCAGGACUCACCUUCGUAUCACUUUCACGCGGAGUAAGCACCCUUCCCUCGGCUUCGGUGCCAUACCUGACAGUAAGGCAUGUCAGCCAACUCAAUUCCGAACCUUCUCUCUCUUCGGGAAAACAAGAAUCCACGAUCUGGAAGUGCCAGAACUGGGCUUCGUGGUCUCGGUCGGGAUAAGGGAUCGGACUCACAGACCGUCGAACGGACGCCCACCUCUACACAAGACCGGAUCGUCCAAGGCACCGAUGACGAUGCUGCUGUGUCACGCUUGAGUGCGGUGGACCUUGGCUAUUUGGACGACCCCUUUGCCCAGCACUUUAUCGAGACGCCAAGCGGCGGCGGCCGCCCUUCCCCACGACGGUUACCCAUCAUUAACAGAGGGACAUAUACAAGGACCCGCGCCUUGGAUCACCUUAUCGAUUCGUUUUUAGCCCAGCAGGCCCCGUUGGCAGCAUCAACGUGUGGUGACGACCAAGGAGCGAAAACGGCGGCCGAAGUCCCCCAGAUUCAAAUUAUCUCUCUCGGGGCGGGGACGGAUACUCGCAUAUUCCGCCUCUUUUCCCGACGUGCUUUCCCUGGCCUUGUUUACCAUGAGCUAGACUUUCCUGCCAUCGCCAGGAAGAAGGCACACAUAAUCCAGGCGACUCCCACCCUGAAACAGCUGCUGGGAGACCUGUCCCUUGCUGAUGACGGAUCAUGGGCCUGCCAGCUACUCACAGGAGUUCAAUACCAUUGCCAUGCACUGGACCUCCGACAUCUCGUGACGGAUGCGUCAUUGUCUUCCGUGAGGGGUCUAAAUGUUGACCUCCCUACCUUGUUAUUAUCUGAAUGCUGCCUGUGCUAUCUUGAGCCGUCAACUGCGAAAGGUGUUAUUCAGCGAUUCACAGACCACAUUCCGAACCUCGCUGUCGUGAUCUACGAACCAGUCAAGCCCUAUGACGCCUUUGGAAGGAUGAUGGUUUCUAACCUAGCUGCCCGAAAAUUACGCAUGCCAACGUUGGAAUGUUAUCCGCUGCCCAUAGACCAACAAACGCGUCUACUUGAGGCAGGUUUAACGCAAGCAAAGACAAUGACUAUUGACGAGAUCUGGGAAUGUUGGAUUUCACAGGAUGAAAAGAGGAGGAUAGAUGCUAUAGAAAGACUCGAUGAGAUUGAGGAAUGGCAACUGCUUGCUGGCCACUACAUCGUGGCCUGGGGAUGGAAGGGACAGAUCACUUCGUUGUAAAAUGGCUGCGACGGACUCCAUUCUCUACCUAUGAUCGGCAGCUGACAGAUCUACUCGAUGGUGGGAGGAAUAUAACCCAGAAGCUGCCUGCUUUAGUGAAAACGCCCUGAAUCGUUGUUGAUAUUCGAAUCAGUUAUCAGAACAAGGCACCCGAAAACGGGCUGAAGGAGGAGGUGCCCCUUCUUUCCACGGAGAACUCUGGUUUUUAUGAGAGCCUUCCUGCUUGUCAACCCGGAUAUCGUCAAGCUACGUAAAAUCGAUAUCAUAGAUAACGGGCAUUCGACCGAAAGUAGUAUACACAUCCCUAUAUCACAAAGUAACUU